AUGGUGGUGAAUUCGAUCACUGGAAUUGUUCUUUGGAAGCAUUUUAGUAAGAUGAAUAAAAAAACUCGAAAAACGGAGAUUCGCUUCUAUGCAAUGUCAUUGAUCAUGUUCGUUACACAAGGAGCUGCAGUGGCUUCACAGUUUCUCGGUUCUUAUCUCCCGGAAGACUCAAAUGAACGUUAUUGGGUGUUGGAGUUUGGACCGAUCGUCGGUGACAUCAACUGCCUAUUUCCGCUAUAUUUUCUUAUAGCUGUUAGCAACGAAUGGAGAACAAUUGUAUUCGGCGAGAAGAAAGAGCUGGCUCGGAUCUCAGCCUGGCCAACACUUUCAGCAGAACUUUCCAAGAAA